UAGACCUAUGACUGCUAUAUCUAUUGUUUUAAACAGAUAUUGACCUUGUAAAGGGGAGGCGCCCCUACAGCAACCAGAAGAAGUUGGGAGCAGAUGGAUUUGAAGUUGAUACCUCUUCCCUAUCACAUGGAGUCUAUACAGCGGAAACCUGGAGCUCUAAAACAACUCAGUGAGUGCUCUGAGCACCUACAGACCCUCAGUGUUCUACAAUGGAUCCUGACCUUCCUUUUUCUGGGUCCGUCAUGUUUUCUGCUGAUUAUGUGGCUUGUCUUCAGUCCGUUAUGGCCUCUGCUAGCUUUGUAUACUGCUUGGUUAGCAUCUGAUUGGAAGACACCCGAUAGAGGUGGAAGGAAGUCUCAGUGGAUGAGUAGAUGGCCACUAUGGAAACAUAUUAGAGAUUAUUUCCCUGUACGGCUUCAUAAAAUUGCAGAUUUGGACCCUCAGCAAAACUACAUUUUUGGAUAUCACCCUCAUGGAAUAAUGAGUUUUGGGGCUUUCUGUAAUUUUGGUACAGAUACAAGUGACUUUUCUAAAAUGUUUCCUGGAUUGAAGACUUAUCUUACAACCUUAGCAGGCAAUUUUAGGAUGCCUUUAUACCGUGACUAUCUUCUGGCUGCAGGAAUGUGCUCAGUAACUCACUCCUCAAUAGACUUCCUCUUGUCAAAAAAUGGAACUGGCAAUGUUGUUGUCAUUGUUGUUGGAGGUUCUGCAGAGGCCCUAAACUGUGCCAGUCAACAGCAUAUACUGACCUUAAAGAACCGAAAAGGCUUUAUAAAAAAGGCCCUUGUGAAUGGGUCUGCUUUGGUUCCCGUCUAUUCAUUUGGUGAAAAUGAGGUACUUCAGCAGUAUCAUUUUGAAAGUGGAAGUUGGCUAAAGAACCUUCAAAACCUAUUCCAGCACUGGAUUGGCUUUGCUCCAUGUGUUUUCUUUGGGCAAGGUCUUUUCUCCAGCACUUCCAGAGGAAUCAUGCCCUUUCGAAGACCCAUCAAUACUGUGGUUGGCAAGCCCAUACCUGUGCCAAAGACAGAGAACCCCUCAAGGCUGUUGGUAGAUAAAUACCAUGCAGUGUACGUCAACUCUCUGCAAGAUCUCUUCAAUACCAACAAGGAACGUUUUGGUUUGAAAAAAAAUGAUUCUUUGACAUUAGUUUGACCAAAGGAAUGAAAGGACAUACAAGUCACUAACUUUUCCCACUCAAUAAAUACUGCAGAGUUAGGAGGAAAAAUGUAAUACAAGUUAUUUAAACAUUUUACUUUUGCCUGUCCAGUCAUAUGUUGUUCAGAGCAUAACAUAAGUGUUUUGUUUUUUCAGGAAAUACAGGUAAAACAAGGUCCCUCUAAGCAUGUGGUAUCUAUUGAGAUUUUUUUUUUUGCAUCCCUUUAAUUGGAAUUAUUGAACUGAAUGUCGCAAGAAGGGUAACACAAUAAUGGCUGCACUGCCAAAUUAGUACCCUAAAAGGUGUUUGGGAAUCAGAACAUUUUUAUUGUGUAGUGAAAAUGUUACUAUUUUCCUAUAAUCUAGCUCCAAUGUUAAGAAAAAGGCAACAUGCUACUAUUCUAGAGGUAAGCCUUCCCUAUCCAUUUGAUCUAUUACAAGGCUUUUAAAUAUAACUUAUUUUGCUCAUGAAUUAAAAGUGCUUAAAAUUUAACCCCACCCCUUCUAAAAUGUUUAAUUAAGCAUAACAGAAAAAAAUACAUUAACUAUACAUUCUCUACUUAUUUUUCCUGCUUUUCAUAAACCUUACCUAUGAAAAUGAUGUGCUUUUUUCUACUCACCCAGAGAAGCUAGAGUGAAUAACACUUAAAUAUGCUGCAUUUGUUUAUCUCACCCUGCAGCAUACUACACAGAAAUUGGUCAAAUCAUUGAAGAGGUUAUUUACAUUUGGCAUCUGAUUGGUUACAUCACAGUAGACAGGGUAUACUUGCUCAAAUGAGUUUUUACAAGUUGUAUCCUUGGAAUGUUUUCUUUAUUUUUCAAAAUCUGAACAAUUAUGUGCCUCUGUAUAAUACAUGUAUUACAUUGGUUAUACAAAGGUAGAUUGCAUAUGAAUGACAAUGUAAUACUUUCUAUUUCAUGUUACUUUUUGAAUGUAUGGAUAAUUGUAUACUAAUUUUAUAUUUGAUCUAUAUUGCUAAAUAUUUAAGCAAUAAAAGAAAAUAACUUCAAUAAAGAUGAGAAGAAAGGCAGACAA